CCGCCGUCGUCACCGUAGCGCGCCGACUGGGAGCCCAGCGGAGCGAGGGAAGGGAGGAGGAGGGAGACGCGCGAGGAGGGGAGGGAGGAGGCUAGACAAGGCGGGGUGAGGGGGAGCAGCGGUGGCGCAAGCCUCGCGGAGCAGCGCAACCUGGGUAGCUGCCGCCUCCGGACCGGGCCACCGGAGUCAGUGUCCCAGAGACCCUGUAACCCCUCAAAGCGGACGAAGGAGUCCAUGUUGGGGAACUUGGCGGCGGAUUGACUGGGACCUGUAAACCUGUGGGGCCGCCGCCGGACCGAGCGCCUCGACUUCGGCCUGAGGAAACCCUUUUCCAAAGAGAAAUGAAGAGGAAAACUGUAUAUACCUUAAAUAUGGGAGAUAAGAAGUAUGAAGAUAUGGAAGGUGAAGAAAACGGAGAUAAUACUGUUCCCACUGGUCUGUUGUACAGUGAGGCUGACAGAUGCCCAAUAUGUCUUAAUUGUCUGUUAGGAAAGGAAGUUGGUUUUCCAGAAAGCUGUAAUCAUGUCUUCUGUAUGACUUGUAUUCUUAAAUGGGCAGAGACACUGGCUUCAUGUCCUAUUGACCGAAAACCUUUUCAGGCAGUGUUUAAAUUCAGUGCAUUGGAAGGUUAUGUUAAGGUUCAAAUAAAAAAACAACUGAGAGAAAUAAAAGACAAGAAAAAUGAAAACUCAUUUGAGAAACAGCUCUCCUGUCAUGAAAAUUCUAAAAGCUGUAUAAGAAGAAAAGCCAUCAUAAGAGAAGAUCUAUUAAGUGCAAACAUUUGUGAUUUGAAAUUGAUACAUAGCAACUCUUUAUACAGUGAAACAGGUGGAAAGAAAAAUGCAGCAAUAAAGAUAAAUAAGCCUCAGAGAUCAAAUUGGAGUACAAAUCAGUGCUUCAGAAAUUUUUUCUCCAAUAUGUUUUCUUCUAUUAGUCACCCUGGAGAAUCUUCCUUUACCUAUAGAGCUUAUUGUACAGAAUUUCUAGAAGUCAGUGAAAUCAGUGCAUUGAUUAGGCAGAAGAGACAGGAUCUGGAAUUGUCAUGGUUUCCUGAUACAUUACCUGGUAUUGGAAGAAUUGGUUUUAUACCCUGGAAUGUUGAAACAGAAGUCCUUCCUCUCAUUUCUUCUGUGUUGCCAAGAACUAUUUUUCCAACGAGUACCAUAUCUUUAGAGAAUUUUGGUACUUCUUGCAAGGGAUAUGCAUUAGCACAUACUCAAGAAGGGGAAGAAAAGAAGCAAACUUCUGGUACAUCAAAUACCAGAGGAUCAAGACGAAAACCUGCAAUGACAACUCCUACAAGGAGGUCUACACGUAACACAAGAGCUGAAACAGUCAGUCAGUCUCAGAGAUCCCCAAUAUCAAAUAAUUCUGGGUGUGAUGCCCCAGGUAACAGUAAUCCAUCUUUAAGUGUUCCUUCUUCAGCUGAGUCAGAAAAGCAAACAAGACAGGCUCCAAAACGGAAGUCUGUAAGAAGAGGAAGAAAACCAGCUUUACUGAAAAAGAAACUUCGGACCUCUGUAGCUGCCCCUGAAAAAUCAUCUUCCAAUGAUUCAGUAGAUGAAGAAACAGCAGAAUCUGACACAUCACCUGUGUUAGAAAAAGAGCACCAAUCAGAUGUAGACAGUAGUAACAUUUGUACUCUGCAGACACAUACAGAAAACCAGUCUAACUGUUUGAAAAGUUGCAAUGAGCAAACAGAAGAAAGUGAGAAACAGACUGCAAAUCAUGAUACAGAGGAAAGAGUAGAAUCUUCAUCUUCUGAGUCUUGUGCUCAAGAUCCUCCUGUGCUAGUUGGUGAGGAAGGCAAAUUUCAAAAACUUGAGAAUACAGGUAUAGAGGCUAAAGUUUUGUGUGUGGAAAGUGAGAUUUCUAAAAAUAUUUUUGAAAAAGGAAGUGAUCCAUUGGAAAAGCAAGACCAGAUAUCUGGAUUUUCAGAAUCAGAGGUAAAGGCAGAUGUAUGUACAGUUCAUCUUCCAAAUGAUUUUCCUACAUGUUUAACAUCUGAAAGCAAAGUACACCAACCUGUAUCUAGUCCUGUAAGUGAGUUAUCUGAGAAUGUAGAGUCAGUGGUUAAUGAAGAAAAAAUGAGAGAGAGCUCCAUAGUAGAAAUUACUGAACAUAAAGAUUCUACACUAAAAACAGAGGAGCUUAUAGAGAGCCCCAAGUUAGAAUCUUCUGAGGAUGAAAUUAUACAAACAGUGGGCAGAAGAUCUAUUAUGAGCCCAGAGGUUCAAUUGCUUGAGCAUGUUGAAACUGAAGAUGCAGAAAUAAUUGCAACAUGUGAUACAUCUGGGAAUGAAGAUUUAAAUAAUAUUCAAGACUCUGAAAAUAAUUUAUUAAAAAAUAAUCUUUUGAACACCAAACUGGAAAAACCUUUAGAAGAAAAGAAUGAAUCACUCAUCGAACAUCCCAGAUCUACAGAGUUGCCUAAAACACACGUUAAUCAGAUUGAGAAGCAUUUUAACGAGGACAACAAUGAAAUGAUACCUAUGGAGUGUGAUUCAUUUUGCGGUGACCAAAAUGAAUCUGAAGUUGAACCAUCUGUAAAUGCUGAUCUUAAACAAAUAAAUGAAAAUUCUGUGAUACACAGUUCUGAAAAUAAUAUGUCGUCUUCAGAUCUUGCAGAUGAAAAGGUUGAAACUAUAUCUCAACCAUCUAAAUGCCCAAUAGAUACUGUAGACAAAGUCAAAAAGCCUCGUACUCGAAGAUCUAGAUUUCAUUCUCCAUCUACAACUUGGUCUCCCAACAAAGACACUCCACAAGAAAAGAAGCGGCCCCAGUCUCCAUCUCCCAGAAGAGAAAUUAGGAAAGAAAGCAAGAAGUCUGAAUCACCAUCUCCUAAGAAUGAGUCUGCCAGAGGCCGGAAAAAAUCCCGUUCUCAGUCCCCAAAAAAGGAUAUUGCAAGAGAAAGGAGGCAAUCUCAGUCUCAGUCUCCAAAAAGGGAUAAUACUAAGGAAAGCAGAAGAUCUGAAUCACUGUCCCCAAGAAGAGAUACUUUGAGAGAGAACAAAAGAUCUCAACCAAGAGAGAAAGAUUCCUCCCCAGGAGAAAAAUCCAGGUCCCAGAGCAGAGAAAGAGAAAGUGAUAGAGAUGGGCAGAGGAGAGAGAGAGAAAAGAGAACCAGAAAGUGGUCUAGGUCCAGAUCUCAUUCUAGGUCCCCCUCAAGAUGUAGAACAAAAAGUAAGAGUUCAUCAUUUGGUAGAAAUGACAGAGAUAGUUACGCUCCCCGCUGGAAGGGAAGAUGGGCAAAUGAUGGUUGGAGAUGUCCACGAGGAAAUGAUCGGUACAGAAAGAAUGACCCAGAGAAACAGAAUGAAAAUACAAGAAAAGAAAAAAAUGACAUCCACCUAGAUGCUGAUGAUCCAAAUUCUGCUGACAGACAUAGGAAUGACUGUCCCAGUUGGAUAACAGAAAAAAUAAACUCUGGGCCUGAUCCAAGAACCAGAAAUCCAGAAAAGUUGAAAGAGUCUCAUUGGGAAGAAAAAAGAAAUGAAAAUUCAGGAAAUUCUUGGAAUAAAAACUUUGGUUCUGGUUGGGUAUCUAACCGUGGUAGAGGCAGAGGCAACCGUGGUAGAGGCACUUACAGAAAUAGUUUUGCCUACGCAAAUCAGAAUGAAAAUAGGUGGCAAAAUCGAAAGCCCCUCUCAGGGAAUUCAAACAGUUCGGGGAGUGAAUCUUUCAAGUUUGUGGAACAGCAGUCCUAUAAGCGGAAAAGUGAACAAGAGUUCUCAUUUGAUACACCAGCAGAUAGAUCUGGGUGGACAUCUGCAUCUAGCUGGGCUGUGAGAAAGACUUUGCCAGCAGAUGUACAAAACUACUACUCGCGACGAGGCAGAAAUUCUUCAGGUCCACAGUCUGGAUGGAUGAGACAAGAGGAGGAAACAUCUGGACAGGAUUCUAGCCUAAAAGACCAAACAAACCAGCAAGUUGAUGGUUCUCAGCUACCUAUAAAUAUGAUGCAACCACAAAUGAAUGUAAUGCAACAACAAAUGAAUGCACAACACCAGCCUAUGAAUAUCUUCCCAUAUCCAGUGGGUGUUCAUGCUCCUUUGAUGAACAUCCAACGCAAUCCAUUUAACAUUCAUCCUCAGCUACCCUUGCAUCUCCACACAGGAGUGCCCGUCAUGCAGGUAGCCGCUCCUACCAGUGUAUCUCAGGGACUACCACCACCGCCACCCCCUCCCCCACCAUCCCAACAAGUCAACUACAUUGCUUCACAACCAGAUGGAAAGCAGUUGCAGGGUAUUCCUAGUUCUUCUCAUGUAAGUAAUAACAUGAGUACACCAGUUUUGCCUGCUCCGACAGCAGCCCCAGGAAAUACGGGAACGGUUCAGGGACCAAGUUCUGGUAAUACUUCGUCAUCAAGUCACAGCAAAGCCUCUAAUGCUGCUGUAAAAUUGGCAGAAAGCAAAGUAAGUGUUACAGUGGAAGCCAGCGCAGAUAGCUCGAAGACAGACAAGAAAUUGCAGAUUCAAGAAAAAGCAGCACAAGAGGUAAAAUUGGCCAUUAAGCCAUUUUACCAAAAUAAAGAUAUCACCAAGGAAGAAUAUAAAGAAAUUGUACGGAAAGCAGUAGAUAAAGUUUGUCAUAGUAAGAGUGGAGAAGUAAAUUCUACUAAAGUGGCAAAUCUGGUUAAAGCCUAUGUAGACAAAUACAAAUAUUCACGGAAGGGGAGCCAAAAGAAAACUCUGGAAGAACCUGUGUCUACUGAAAAAAACAUAGGCUGAAAUGGGGAACGCUGUAAAGGACAUUAUCAGGAUAUCUGCAAAGUGCAAUUUCAACAUGUACCAUUAACUGAAAAUCAUGCAUAACUGUGAUUGAAAUUUGGUUUUGAUAAAAUUAUUUUUUUAACAUAGGAUAUGAUGUUUUGUUCUAAAUAAAUAUAGUUCUGCACUGCAACUUCUGUAUCCUUCCUUCCCCUCCACCCUCCCUGACAAAAUUCAAGGGAAAGUAAAGGGUUUAAAGGAAUGUGCAUCUUUACUAGGACUGUAUUAUAGUGUGGAUACUGGAAGAUGUAUAGCUUUCUGAUUAGAGCAAUGGAGUGCAUAAAUUAGAAACUGCUAAGUGCACUGGUUUAGAAGAGAUUAUAUAUAAUGCAUUUAUUCUGUCAGGUUAAAAUAUAAAAUAUCUUUAUGAUUUUUCCCUCUAAUUAUAGAAAGUUAAAUAAUGUAUUACAAUGAAAAAUAUUUCUAAUAUUAAAUAGAACAUAUCAAUUGCAGGGUUCCUAAUGUGUAUUUUUAAAGCACAUAUCAGAAUAAAUCACCUAGAUAGAAAAAAAAUUAUCACGAGUGAAAUUUAGUGUUCAAAAUGUUCAGACACUCUUCACCUAUUGUAUGACCAAAUAAAGGUUAUGCUGCUUGUU